GGGAGCGGCGAGGAGCCAGGCUGUUCCUUCUCAGCCGAGGCGUGGAAGAGCCGAGUUCAGCCGAUCUGUGAGCACUGCCGGGGAGCACCUCCACCAGACACCGCUGUCCCGCGUCCCCAGGCCCUCUGCUGCGAGCAUGGACAUCGUAGAGAGGGUCUUCUCCUUAGCCCAGGCCAUCUACGGCCAGUUUGAGCACGUGAAGUGCUGCAAGCACCAGUGCCAGCGCCUCGUGGAGCGCAUCCAGAUCCUGCUGGAGCCCGUGCGGAUCCUGCAGGCUCAGCCGCGGUGGCACAUCUCCCACCACGAAGAGCAAAUGCUGAAGAAGCUGCUGCAGGCGCUGGAGGAGGCGCAGAAGCUGGUGAUGAAGUACAGCCAGGCCAGCUGGAUCCAGAAGUUCCUGAGCGCCCGCAGCAGCGGCGAGGAGUUCGUCUGGGUGAACGAGAGCCUGGAGGACGUGGCCCAGGGGCUCUCGCUCCUGCUGCAAGCGGAGCAGAAGCAGGCUUUCCUGGCGGCCUUUCAGUCAAAGACCUGCCGCAGGCAGGAUGCCGAGGAUCUGAGGGAUGACAGGGCUUUCCUGGACCAGGUGAUUGCGAGUACUGAAGAGCCCAGAGACGGGGCCGGGGAUAUCUACAUGGACAGGCAGUGUGUGGAGGACAAGGUGGACCGGAUGCAAAGCGAGCUGAGCAAAAUCGUGCGCAUGAUGGACAGUUUGAAGAAGGUCAACGUUGGUAAAAGAGAAGAUAUCACCGAGAUCAAGAGGGACCAGCUCACCUUCUACAGGCACCUGCAGGACACCGAGCGCUACGACCUCUAUGAGGGAGAAUAUCUCAAGUACCCCGUGGCCAUCAAAACCUUCAAGAGGCCGCUGACCACCGACACGACGAAGGUGAGAGACAUCUUCGAGAAGGAGAUUCAGACCCUGAAGAAGUUCGAGUCUCCAAACAUCCUGCGCAUGUACGGGAUCUGCAUUGAGGAGAAAGACGGGAGCCCCUGCUUCUCCAUCGUGAUGGAGUACUGCAAGCACGGGACGCUGCGGGAGGUGCUGACCAAGCAGCGGCAUCUCUCCUGGGAGAUCCGCAUUCGGAUGGCCCUGGGAGCCGCCAGGGGCCUUUACAGGUUGCACCAGACGGAGAAGAACACCCGACUGCACGGCUGCAUCUGCAGCAACAAGUUCCUGGUGGCUGGAGAUUACUGUGUGAAGCUGUCGGGAUUUGAGCUGUGUGAAACAGAGUCCUCCAUCAAGAGGAAAGCCAACAAGAACUGGAACCAGGUGUCUAUGUUGGCUUAUGUUGCCCCUGAGAACCUGAAGGACAUCUACUACCCCUACAAGAGGUCCUGUGAAAUAUACAGCUUCGGGAUUGUGCUGUGGGAGAUUGCAACCUCCAAAAUCCCAUUUGAAGGCUGCUCUCUCCAGGAGAUCAGAGACAAAAUCUGCGACCACCAGUACCAGGACCCUGUCGGGGACGAUUGUCCCGAAGAGCUGAGGAAAAUCAUCGACGAGUGCCGAGCCUUUGACCCAUCCCUGCGCCCGUGUGCUGAGCGGAUCGUGGACUCGCUGGCGGCCCUGGAGAAGAGCAGGAGCCAGGGGAGAUGACUGCGGGGGACCCACGGAGCCCAGCGCCCUGCCCCGCGCGGCCGGCCGGUCCCCUCCCCGUGUCUGCGAGCGCCCGUGGCUCAACACGCGUUUAUUUGUG